AUGCGGAAUGCUUACUUUGCCUGGUCUCGCGUGUUCGGGUUGGAGGAGGACGCGGGCUACUUAAAAAAGGAUUUCUUAGACCCGCUCAACGAAAUAAACGAAGCGCUGGACGAAAUCCGAAACACUCCUCCAAACCAACUAAGAGAUACGUGGACAGCGCGAGUGGAUGCUCUGAUUCAUGACAAAUGGGUACCUAUCAAUAACGCCUACCGUGUGCUGCACCACCGGGCCAUAUCCGACGUAUUCGAUGUGGAUUUGCCAGCGUUCCGCAGACAGUGGAUGGAAAUAGAGAAAAGCCACCGUACACAAGGGAAUGGGAAAGCUUCUCCUGUGUCUCGGGAAACUACAUCGAGGGACCAAGAAGGGACCAAACAAGGGACUUCACAAAAAAAGCCACCAGGAUCUAAACAAAAGCCACCGCCAACAUGUGCGCCGUCUAUUACAGUGAAAAUGAUGAGGGUAGAGGCGGAUCGAAAGAAGCAGAUUGACUUUUCUAAAAACUUUUUGAAGUGUACCUGCCUGCUGGAGCAUGCUGAAGUAAAGGGCAAACAGCAGCAACAGGCACAAGGGGUCACGAGCAGAGCAAGCACAGGGGGCUUCGAAUGCCCUCGAAUUGCGCAAGCACGGCCUGCAGAAUCACCGACAAAAGGAGUCAUAGAGCAGCGAUUGAAUCCUUGCGGAUCUUGCGAAAUGAAAUACUAUGCCGAAAGACUAGUACGCGGUAUUGGUGAAGAAGGUGUUGCUCCGCAACAAGGUGAAGGUUUUGUCUGUCCACGUUGGUAUUCAUUGGAAGGAACUCGCGAGCUUGAUGCCUCCUCCGGCCACUAUGUAAUCAAGACAGGGGGAGAUGAAAAAUGCGGGUGCAUCGAAUGUUGCGAGGUCCGCAUGUUUUUUCAUUGGCUUGCCUGUGGCAAUGGCGUUUCUGAAUCAAGAGUAACGCCAGCAGAGCUGCGCGCUUUCUUAAUAGACCGCGAAUCCUGCUAUACCAGUACCUCGGACGAGCAGGGGCACGAAGCGGAACUAGAAAAAGUUAUGAACACUGUGAAGACUCCUGCUCAUUGAUGAAGCUUUUACCUUUGUUGUAGUGAAGUUCCACCAUUUUUGGCUGCAGAUUCAUGAGUGGGUACAUUCAUUCAUUCACUCAUUCAUUCACAUUACGACCUUUGUUGUUCUUGAAUUCUAAGGCCUACGAGGUUGUUGUAGUCAAGUUCCACCAGGGCCGUCGUGGAUCCACCUACGACACCGUGUGUAUCUAGCACAACGUCCUACAUUACACAUCCUACAUUUCACAUUAGAUGAUCUAGCAUUACUCUAACCUUUCCGGAAGUUGUGCAGGAGUUACGGCAUUAGGGCACGUGGAAGAUUUGUGGUAUAGAUUGCAGCACACUUACGACAACCUGAGCAGCAUCGCUUUCGACUUGAUGGAAUGGCAGAACAAAUAGAACGAUUUUCAUGCAAGAAGUGGUCCAUUGAGUACAACGAAGACAUGACGCUGAUGGCGCGUGCGAAGAGGAUUGAGAUCAUGAGGUCUCAUGGAGGACGUUGUAGACGGAAGUAGUGUGGAGUAGCUCUUUUAAAGCAGAACAACAAUAUUGAAACUCAUUUGAAAUAGUGCUCCACAUGCUUUUCAUCUAAGAUCCAAAGUACCUUUUUCCGAAUAAUAAAAAUCGAGACCCUUGGUCUAAAACUGACAGAACAAGAUGGAGCUGAAGCUCUUGCACAGAAGAUUGAGGUCAAUACUACGUCCACACGAUCACGAAAGAUGGAGGAGAAGGAGGUCGAUGCUACGUCCACACACAUGGAAGAGAAGGAGGUCACCACCGGGACCUCGUCUUCUUGCUCAGGGGAUAAAGGAGUGAAGCCUGCUGCUACUGGGGUGAGAAGAGGUGUCCUAUGAUAGAGGAAACCAGUGCUCCAACUAGUGAGUUAGACUAAAAAUUGGUAUUGGAAUUUCUUCGAUAUCUUCUUCGGAUGUCCCCUUGGUUACACCACUCGGAUGUACAUGUUGCACAGCCUUCCCUUCAAGACAUACAACUGGGUAACGGGGCAAACUACUCUUAUUCAUUCACAUUACAUUCAUACAUCAUUCCAUCAAUGUGCGACUCCCACCUGGUCUUUUGAAAAGGUUCGUUUUUUUUUCGUCGUAACAAUAUGUAGACAACUAACAAUAUGUAGGUUUCGAAUGCUUGGGAGUUGAUCACUUGUCCCACUGCUUGACAAGGAAGUGAACAAAAUGUGAAUGACGUGUUCUAAGCAUUAGAGAAUAAUAAGCCGCCGCCUACUUUCGCUUGAAUUAGACCCGCACACGACGAACACCUCCACAAAAGAAAAAUUGAAAGACAAGAAGCUUGUAAGAGGAAGAAUUACACCCACGUACCGCUGCUGCCCCAGCACCCUGUUGAGUCUGUAAUUUUUAGUUAUACGACGUAUGUAAACCAAGGCAGCAAAACCCCCUUUCUCUCUCUUUUCUUUUCCAAAACGCCCUCAGAGGCGACCACCACGUCCCCUUCACGUCCUCCUUUGGGCGCUCCGCCUGC